AUGGAGAAGUUAUUACGUUCUCGGAUCCUCUCCAGCAGCGAAUACGUCGGAGUAUUUGGUCCAAUACUGGGUGUGAAACUCUCUUUGCCAGAACACAUGAUGGAGUUUGAUGUCGAGAAACGACAACCUAUCAGUGGCGUCUCGGCAAUAAUUCUCGAUGAGAGGCUUCAGCUAGUGGAAGAAGCGAUGCUAGAAAUGGGGGUUCUGUCAAUAGGGCUGCUGGCCGAAUCUCUCGAUGCAAACAAGGACAUCCACAAAUCUCCUCCCGUUGCCAACGAGGACAUGGCCAGAUUGAUCAAAGUGGACUACAGCUUUGAAACAGAAUCGGUUCUCUAUGAUGUGGUGGAGAAUAAACCGAAGGCGCCGACGACAUAUGUGGCCGGAAACUUCUCCUUCGAAUCGCUUCACCAUGAUCUCGAGGGCGGGAUGCUGGGAAGGUACCGGCUGACAGUUUGUAAGACCGGCAAUUGUGGCAACGUGCCGGACAUCUAUGUGUCAUUCGUCCAGGGAGGAAACAAUAUUCAAGAAGUUCUUUACGAUGCCACGCAAUUUCCUAACGAGAAGCCCAGGUGGAAUUUUAUCUUUGCUAUAAUAAACACCAUUUAUACGCCCGCCGAAAAUGGAGCAGGUGAUGACCAAUUCGUGGACACUGUGUACGGAAAAUGUCAAGUGCAGUUCGGUAGACCUGAAGACAAGCGAUUCCGAAGAAAAAUUAACAACUGCGAGAUUAAAGGAGAAGUGAACUUCACUCGCAUAGAUGGUCUACAACCUGUGCUGUACGAACAAGACGUUUCCUAUGUGCAGAACACAAAAGUCGACGCCGAUAUCGUGAUCAUUGAUGCUGUUGAACUGCUAAGAUUCGGCACACCUCUGCAUAAUAAAUGGGGAUUCACGCUUGAGAGCAGGACCCAUGUCGAGAUCACGAAUCGAACCAUGAAUUACGUCCCUCGACACUGCAAUUCGGAGACGACUACAGCAGCCGUUUGUGCAAGCGAGAAAUUCGGAGCCUUGUCUGACGAAUUUGGAGAUUUUGUUAACCUCGCAGCGCAUUUCCUGAGGUUACUAGCUACUCAAGAACGAUUCACUCCAAAAGUCUUAUUUCAGCUGGCCGAUUUGGUUUCCAAGUACCGCAGUCAUUUGUUCGAAAUGGGUGAUUCGCACACUUGUGAGAAGCAUUCGACGAUGUUUGCUGAAAUCGUACAGGAAGGAAGGCGGGCAAGUGAGCAGGACUGGAAAGCGGUGUUGAUGCAUCCUGAGAAUGACCACCAUCGCUUGAAAAUUGCUCGUGAAGUACUGCUUGCCCAGGGACCCGAAUUCCUGGACGAUUAUCUGCUUGGAGCUGCCCACACUACAAGCAAUGAUGAGAAAUGGCAUAAGCAUUUGAUGUACUGGAUGUCGACGGAAGGAACAGGAGGAUGGCUGAGCUGGAAGUUAGCUCAACACAUAGUUGCGAGAUUUAUCGCUGAUGUCAGCGCAUGCAAAACAGAGGAUUGCUAUGUGAAAUCACUGGAGGUGCUCCAGAACAUCCCAAUAUCGGCAUCGUUCGAACUUGCCCGAGGAUUCCUUUGUACUUCCAAUCACAGCGUGCCCGUUCAAACUGCCGCUUUACAAGUGAUCAGAGCCGCCAGUCCAACACUUUAUGACUCUAAGUUGGCCAACACCCUCAUCAGACUAUUCCGCAACGUUUGUCCCCAACCAACAACAACUGGCGAGUCGCAACUAGCCAUCGACAUUCUUGUCAGAUGUAUUCCUGAACAGCAACAUGUUGCAACGAUGCUUCUUCGUACGGAAACACUGAAUCCAGAUGAUCCUGAAAAAUGGCAGUAUUAUUUUUAUAAAGCUGUCCAAAGUAGUGGACAGAGGGAUGAGUUGAAGGAGGAAGUCUGGCGCCAAAUGCGAAAAUUCAAAGUUUUCCGACCAAAUUAUGCACAACGUGCUUUGAUUGCCGAUUCACAUGCACGUUGGCAGGAAAUCGCUGAUGUUGAUGGAUACAGAUUGCACUCAACAUCGGAGGUUGAGUUCGAUUACGGAGUUUUCAAGCGAUCAAAUUUUGAGAUUGGUUUGAAGCACGGUAAAGUCGACGAAAAUCUCUUUAAGGGCACAACUGAGCUCAUGGCUGCGGUAUGGAACGCUGAUGGACAGACAGUCAAGGCUCUUGAGGGAUUUCUGCUACAACUACCAAUUUUCUAUUUACUUACUUCAUUGACUAGAAAAAAGUUGUCUACUGUCCUCUACAGUGAGGAUUCUCGCGUUACCGGCAAUGUGAUGCUGCGGGACACCACCAUUACGCUACCGUUGCUUUCCGGACUCACUGUUGAGGUCUCGUCAAGUGGAGCUCUCUCGUUCAAAGUGCUAACCUCUGCAGCCGUUUCAAUUUUCAAUCAACAGUCUUUAGCGGAGCUAAAUACUAACAUAUCAAUGGGGCUCAAUUCACGAGCUUCUUUACUGCAUCAUGGAGAGGCAGUACAUACUCUUCGUUCCAAUGUGGCCGUCUUGACAACAGUGGGAGCAGAGUCGGACGCUCGAAUUGGUCAACUUCCCUUUGACUUCUGCGUAACGGUCCAACGAGACACAACAAAGCUAAGCUUCGAGUCAAUAAACGAAAUUCCGAAAAAGCCACGGAAGCGUACAACGAUAACAGCGACAAGGACGUUCCCGGGAGUGACCUACAGACUUGACGACAACGUCACGAAACAGUGCAACAAAUUAUAUGGAAAGAACGUGGAACAUUCCGAAUAA